AUGAGUUUCGAUGAUCGUGAACCUUCGACAAAUUUGAAGACAACGACAGAUGAAUCUUCUUCAACGGGUAUAUUAGAAACUAUAUUGAACUCCCAAACAACAUCGGCAUUCCCAUCACAAGCUACGGAGGUAACGGCAGUAGAGACUAUUACAAUACCCAAUUGUUCCUCUUCAAGCCUUUCAGUGGUUGGUUCGCUAUCCAUCCGAUGGAACACUCCUUACACCGUUGUGCUGGCCAAUCCAGGAGAUCAUGCUAUACAACUAAAUGUUUCACUUGUUGGUACCUUGGAAGAAAAAACAGUGUUCGACAAGGGUUCCCUUAUUAUUGCACCCAAAAAUACAGCAGUAAACAUCAGCUUCGAGACAUUUGAACUUCCUUUUGGUAAAUACCGAUUAUCAUUUACCGGUACCGAUGGAGAUUGUAAUUUCAAUGAAACCAUCGAUCUCGUAUACAACCACAAAACUAUGUCGGUCUUCGUUCAAGCUGACAAACCAUUUUACAGUCCUGGGGAUCGAAUGCGUUUCCGGAUCCUGAUAGUUGAUGCCCACACGAGACCGGUAACACACAUUAAAACCAUCAAUAUAAAAAUGUUAGAUGCUACAAGAAACACUAUUAUGCAAUGGCCAAAUGCAGUGAUAGAGAAUGGAGUUUUUUCAUUUGACACGCAGUUGGCUUCCUCGCCCGUUCUAGGAACGUGGACCCUCGAGGUGCUUUCUAAUGGAACUACGACAAUAGAGAAUUUUGAAGUGAUUCAGGAUAAGCUACCAAAGUUUUCCGUCAAGGUCUAUCCCACCAAAACCCCACUCAUGAAGGAGAAAAAGAUUCCAAUUACAAUUGAAGCUGCUCACACUCUUGGUCCGAAAAUCAUCGGAACAGCCCGCGUGGAAUUGUUCCUCAGCGAGGAGUACUUUACGCCAUUGGAUACCAUCACUACGCGAAUAAAUGGGCAGGUUCAUUUAGAAUUCACACUUAACAAUGAGAUAUCAAUCCAGAAUAAGUCGACGAAUUUUCAUCUCGUGAAUGUGAAAGUCAGUGUAACGGAACAGUUCACAAAUCGUUCUGUGAACAUUAUUCGAUCCAUACCCGUAUUCUUGUAUCCGUAUAGAAUUUCGCUGGUGGAUCCACUUCCACCACUGCAUCCAGGUAUGCCCUAUCCAGUGCAGAUCAUGGUAAAGAAUCACUAUGACGAAGCUCCGGUAGAUCACAAAAUCUUGAAUGUAACAGUGCGCUACGAAGGAAAUGAUACCAGCACUAGCAAAACAUCAAAGCAUUCCCUCGAUAGACAUGGUUUGGUAUCACUGUAUCUGGAUCCACCCCUCACAAUACACAGGCUAACACUUGAAGUAAAUUAUGAUUCGGUGGAUUAUGGACGUAUUGGCACAGUAGAAGUGACUGAAUCACAUAGUUCGCAUUAUGUGCGAGUUACUCUCAACCCAGCAUACAGAGUUCGCGUGAAUAAAGAGGUUACCUUCAGCAUUAGUAGUACAAAAAAACUAACCAUGAUCUGGUACGUUAUUAUGAGCAGAGGUUGUAUCGCAAUAGCUAAGUCCUUAGUUAUACCGAAAAGGAAGAAGUACCAUUUCAAAGUGGAGCUUACAUCCGAGAUGACGCCAAUAUCACGGCUUGUAGUGUUUAGUACAAUCGAGAAUAUUUUGUUAUUUGAUCAGCUGGAGCUGGACUUUGAGUCGUUUAACAAUAAUGUAAUGAUGUCUCUAGAUAGCGAUGAAUAUCAACCAGGGCAAGACAUUUAUAUUACCGUGGGAGCUGCUCAGGAUUCUCAAAUCAUAAUGCAAGCAAUCGAUCAAAGCAUUGUUGUUUCGGGUAACAGCGCAAACAGUUUCGACAAAAACAGAGUACUCAAAGAUCUGGCCCUCUACGACUACACCGAGGACGACGAGACGAGCAUGUUUCCCCCUGUGCUUAUCAGGACUAAUUUCCCCAAAUCAUGGCUUUGGAAAAGUUUCCCGAUGCACGGCAAAAAAACGAGCGUGAAUGAUACCGUCCCGGACACAAUAACAUCGUGGCAAAUCUCAGGAUUCGCACUCAGUCCAACAGUGGGUUUGGGAUUUAUAAAUCAACCUAAAACGAUGGUCGUGAAACAACCGUUCUAUAUCAUCGCCAACCUUCCGUAUUCAGUCAAGCGCAAUGAAGUUACACUGAUUGAAGUUACACUAUACAACUACCUGGAAAAGAACCUGCAAACGGAUGUGAAACUAUUCAACAAAAAAGACGAGUUUGAGUUUGUUGAUGAACCUAGUAAUGCGACAACCACUCGCUCAAGGAAAGUAGUGGUGGUACUCAACAAUAUAGAAAAGACUAUUGUGUUCAUGAUUAAGGCCAAAAAACUAGGAGAUGUCACGAUCAAAAUUGAAGCAAAGAACUUGCUAGCAUCGGAUGCGGUGGAACAUAUUUUGCGUGUAACUCCAGAGAGUCAUUUGUACACAAAAACCGAAGCUAGAUUUAUCGAGCUUGCUAGACCAGGCAGGAAAAAAUUCACUAUCGAUAUUGACGUCCCAAGAGGAAUUGAUGAUCCGUCCUUGCAAAUAAAAUUCACUCUCGAUGCGAACUUCUUGGGUACGACCAUUAAGCAUCUCGAAUCUCUUGUUCAUUUACCGACUGGUUGUGGCGAAACAAACAUGGUCAAUUUUGUUCCAAAUAUUGUCAUAUUAGAUUAUCUUUCCGAGACUGGCGUUAUGAAACGGGCGAAUAAGGUGAAAUCGAAAGCCCUUCAUUACCUCCAAAAUGGCUAUCAAAAUCAACUAAAGUUCAAACGUCCCGAUGGUUCGUUUAGCGUCUGGGGAAGACUCGAUUCGGAUGGUUGUACAUUCUUGACGGCAUUUGUGGCCAAAUCAUUCAAACAAGCGUCUGCAUAUAUCGAUAUAGAUGAGUCAAUAAUUUCCAAUGCAUUCCGUUGGUUGGCGGAUGUUCAAAGUCCGAAUGGGCGAUUUGAGGAAUUGGGGCAGGUCUAUCAUGCAAAUAUACAAAGUGGGUUACGCAACAACAGUAUUGCGCUUACCGCUUACGUAUUGACAUCCUUCCUGGAAAAUCCCGAUAUAUCGGCAUUACAUAACUUCACAGUUCAGAGAUCGCUGAGAUUCCUGUCAAGAAGACUCGACGAGAUUGACGAUGCGUAUGAUUUAGCCCUGACAACGUAUGCAUUUUCGCUAGCUGGACAUCCAAAGUCCAAACAGGCUCUUGAAAAACUCAUUGAGAAGUCAACAUUUGACGAAGAAACCGGCAUUCGUUACUGGAAUAGGACAACCGUCGGUGUGGAGAUAGCUGGAUAUGCUAUUCUGUCGUUAAUAGAUCAAGAAGUUAUCGGUGGAGCAAUGGAAAUCAUACAUUGGCUGAGUCAGCAACGUUACGGCCGUGGAGGUUACGCCGGAACACAGGGCACAUUUGUUGGACUGAAAGCAUUAGCUAAGCUUUCUGCGGUGAUUUCAACCCAAAAGAACGACUACAAAGUGACGGUUUGGCACAAUCAAACCGAGAAGCAUACCAUAUAUAUCGAUGAAAACGAUGUAUUCGCUAUCCAGGAAUUCGAGCUACCCAACCACGUUCGCCAGGUGGAUGUCGAAAUCGACGGAAUAGGUCACGGUGUUUUUCAGGUUGCUUAUCAAUAUCAUCUGAACAUAAAGCUUGCCAGACAGAGCUUCAAUUUGAACGUAAACGUACUGAAUCAAACCACAUAUCACGUGCAAUUCUUGGAAAUAUGUGUUGACUAUAUCGCGAAGGAAGCAUACCAGCGUUCAAACUUGGCAAUGGUUGAAGUUUUCUUCCCGAGUGGGUUCGUGGCGGAUGAGAAUUCUGUGCAAGAGUUAUCCCAUAAGCAUCAGAUAAGGAAAACUGAACUUCGAUUCGCCGCCACUUCGGUUGUUGUGUACUAUGAUAGCUUGGGAUCAGACCAAAGUUGCUUUCAAGUAACAGCUUACCGUAGGUACAAAGUUGCGGAGAUUCAUCCUGCUAACGUUGUGGUGUAUGAUUACUACGACCAAGAUCACUUCGCCAUCAAGUCUUACUUGGGAAAAAAUGCUCAGUUUUGCGAUAUCUGCGAAGACGAGAAGUGUGAAAACGCGUGUUCUGUGAAUGAAUAA